CAUAGUAUAAAAGCACAGUCCCACCCCUAGAGCUCAUUCCUGGAUUUUGUCAGAGGUAUGAAUACGGUUUGCCGAAGACUGAACCAUCGGGGACUUUCAACAACUCAAAUUCACAUUUUUUCUUCAAGUAAUGGACAUUUGAUUACUAUUUUUGCCUCCAGUGUGUUCCUGAAGGAAAGGCUAGCUUUUACCUACCACAGCCCCACCCAUACGAAGUCUUUAAGUUUAUAUUAAAACCAUGAAGGUUGACGACAUAAAAUUUAUUAAAUAAGUUGUAUAAAUGCCAGAAAAGCACGUUAUCAUAUUCCCGAGACGCUUGGAUCUAUGAAAUAUAUAAUAUGGCAGAUGGACCAAUGGACCCCAGAGAGAUUUUGAAGGGUGUGGAGGCUCUGCUGGGGAAGGAUGGAGAACUACGCAGCCUGGAGGGAGUCCCAAAGGUGUUUAGCCUCAUGAAAGCUUCUACGAAGAUGGUCAGCAGAUGUAUGUACCUGAACAUUCUGCUGCAGACGAAAUCUCACGAUGUUCUUAACCGUUUUAUCAGAGUCGGUGGCUACAGGCUGCUCAACUCCUGGCUCACCUACUCCAAAACUACCAACAAUAGCCCUCUGUUGCAGCUCAUUCUUCUCAUCCUGCAGAAGCUGCCUCUUAAAGUGGACCACCUCAAACAGAACAACACAGCCAAGCUGGUGAAGCAGCUGACCAGGAGCGCAGAGACUGAUGACCUCAGGAAGUUGGCAUCGGUGCUCGUAGAUGGCUGGAUGGCAACAAUACGGUCCCAGAGUGUCUCAAGCAGUGGCAACUCACCUGCAGAUAAGAAAAAGAAGAAAGAGGAGAGUAAGUUGCCCGUCCGUGAUUUGAAAGAAAAGAGUGGAGAUGAGGAUAAGAAGAAGGAGAAACCUAAAGCCUAUGCACCCAGCCACACAAAGAUUCGCUCCAUAGGAUUGGAGAUGGACAUGACCAACCCAGCCCCUGCUAAGAAGGCACCCAUUGCCCCGCAGCUGGGUGACAAGUACAACAUUAAGCCACCAGUUCUAAAGAGGCCUAGCUCUGGCCCAUCAGAUGCUCCACCUCAGGAGAAAAAAUACAAACCUCUUAAUACCCCCACCAACUCUGCCAAAGAAAUAAAAGUCAAAAUUAUUCCAGCACAGCCGAUGGAGGGAACUGGGUUUUUAGAUGCUCUGAACUCUGCCCCAGUGCCAGGGAUUAAGAUAAAGAAGAAAAAACAAAGUACCUGUACUACAACAAAUACCAAGGCUGUCUCCCCUACAUCCAACAAGGCAAGUCCAUUUGAAAGCAAAACUUCUACGUAUUCUUCAUCUACUGCGAAACCAUCAUCUCCAGAAACCGCUGCCUCCACCACUCCCACUGAUGAAAAUCAGGAGCCGGAGCAGCCUGGGACCCCUAUUCCCUCUGAGGAUCUUGAGGCCUCUGACAACAGUGAGAAGCCUAAUGCUCUGUCAGAACCACGUGGAGAAGAAGAAAGCAUGACCAAAAAGGGAAAGAAGAAGAAGACAGUUCACUGGGCUGAGGAGGAGCAGCUUAAACAUUACUUCUACUUUGAUUUGGAUGAGACAGAGAGAGUCAACGUCAACAAGAUCAAAGACUUUGGUGAGGCUGCCAAACGAGAGCUAAUGAUGGACAGGCAGACGUUUGAGAUGGCGCGUCGGCUCUCCCAUGACACUAUGGAAGAGAGGGUUCCCUGGACACCCCCAAGGCCCUUGACACUAGUUGGUAGCCUGGUCAUCACUGGGGCUAACAGCACAGAGAAACUUACCCAGAGAGAUCGCGAGAUGGGCAUUCUGCAGGAGAUCUUCCUCAGCAAAGAGAGUGUGCCUGACAGUCCACAUGAGCCAGACCCAGAGCCAUAUGAACCUAUGCCUCCCCGUCUCAUUCCACUGGACGAGGACUCUUCCAUGCUGGAUGACAGUUUUGUUGAGCCCAUGGACUCCACUUCACAGCAGGGCUCUGCUGUGGCUCAGAAUGAGAGCUCCAAGUUGCCGCCUGUCCUGGCCAACCUCAUGGUCAACCUAAGCAACACCACUCGCAGCCCGCAAACUACAAACACAGUCAACAACCCGGUUGCUCCCUCUGUCAAUGUACAGGAGCUGCUCUCAUCCAUCAUGGGUGCUUCUGGUAACCAGUCUACUGAAGACUUGAUCAAGCAGCCUGACUUCUCAGACAAGAUUAAACAACUACUUGGCUCCCUGCAGAACCAGAACCAGGGCGGACCUCCACCAGUCAACCAGGGUUUACUAGGCCACGGUCCAGGCAUGAACAAUAUGAACAACAUGAACAUGCACAUGCAGAUGCCCAUGAAUGGUGGCUACCCACCCAACAACCCACCCGGUGUUCCCCGCUUCAACCACCCCCCACCCCCUCACAACCACGGACCACCUUUUAAUGCCAGUGUAGGCCCUCGCAUGAUGGGGCCGCCACCAGGCCAGGGCCGAGGAGACAAUGGCAAUUACUGGGGAGACGACUCCAUGAGAGGAGGGCCCCACAGAGGGGGUCACUUCCACCGAGGAGGACGGGGGAGAGGAGGAGACCCAGGCUUCAGGGGACGAGGACGAGGAGGGCCCAGAGGAGGACACAACAACAUGAACGACAUGUCCAAGAGGCCUGUGUGUCGUCACUUCAUGAUGAAAGGAAGCUGCAGGUAUGAGAGCAACUGUGCUUUCUACCACCCUGGCGUAAACGGACCACCGCUGCCUCCAAACCACCCUGCUAACAACCAGCAUCCACAGCAUGGACACUAGGUGACACUGCUGCCAUGGGAUAAACUGUGAACCUUUAGAAGAGCCAUCCUUUGAUUAAACCCCUGCCGGAUGUGGGCGCCGCAGUUUACUACACAAGCAUAGAAAGAGAAGGAUGCAGUGUCCCACAGUCUGUAGGGUCUGAAGUCAUUCUGCUGGUGACUGACCGGAAGCAGUGAGCUUUGCCUCAUCUAAGAACAAGAACAACCUGAACAAGAGGGACUGAGGCUGUUUAAUCACUAAUGGGGCUGUUUUUUAAUGUGAUAAUUUUUAACUGAGACUAAAACAAGCCUCCACACUUGACCACUAUGUCUGAGUUGCUGCAGCUAGCUGCCUGUGUGCUGUUACUUUCCACACCAUGAACAUGGUUGACCAAGGGGAACUCCUACUCAGCAGAAAGCUUUCCACACGACUGAAUUUCCAUGCUUGAAUUACCUUUUCAUUGUUGCUGUUGUACUGUGCACCUACGUUUGAUGUUGCUUUCAUAUUACUUUUUGUUUGUCCCAGUUCUGUUAUGUGUUCCAUUUUCAUGAUUCUUAAAUGUUUGACAAAACAAAUUAAGCACUUUAUGAGGAUAAAGGCCAACAUAAUUUAGUAACAGCAAUGGUUUAUUAAAACAAGGACUGAAAAAGAGCUACAUGCAAUUUCACCUGCUUCACUUCACUCAGUCUUGAGAAAAAUGUAGGAAAUGAACUCUGCUGAGCUGAUAGGGAGGGUCUUGCGUUUUUUUCUUUUCUUACAGCAGCUUGUAUAUAAUGUGCACUCUGGCUCAGCAGCUUGCAGUCUGACCAUCAGCUUGAUGUGUUGUGUAGUGCGACAGUCAUGUUCAAACAUGCUGUGACCUGUCAUAAAAGCAGCUUCUCCCUGGUUGGGAAAGCUGCUGGCUGUGUCUUCUGUACUCCCAUCUGAACUUAGAAGGGGUUUACGUGUCAGUGUUAGAGUCAGAUGAUGGUAAAAUGCUUUCUAGUUCAUCUAUUUUAAAUGUUUUCAGUGAAAACAAUGACCUUAAAGUCUCUUGUGGGACAGUAAGAAUAGCAUGUUUUUGUUGCUCUCCACCCUCCAUGUUUUUUAAAUCAUAUAUUCAGUUGAAAUCUUUUGUACACAGUGUAUUGAAUAAAUGCCCAAAUAUAAA